AGAGAUACAGAAGAAGAACGGUCCCAUUCCUCUUGUUCUCUCUUCUCUUCUCUUCUCUUCUCUUAUUAGAGAGAAAAAACACAAACAUGUAAAAUAAUUGGUCUCUAUUAUACACAAACAAACAAGAAGCAUUAAAAAUGUCGUCGGCCAAGUCAACGGAGAUCAUGGAGCAACAUUCACACUCAUCCGAAAUAAUGUUGAACAACAACAAUGAGAUUGAGGAGGUAGAUGACAGCAUUGAAACCUUUGAUGAUGAUGAAAUUGAACAAGCUGCUGAGUCAUGUGUUUAUGUGGCAGUUGGUAAAAGCAAUACAAGCAUGGAAGCACUUUCAUGGACACUCACUAACUUAUUCCCUAUUACUCACUCUACCAAUAACACCAUUCUCUAUCUCAUACAUGUGUUUCCUGAAAUCAAACACAUUCCAAAUCCAUUGGGAGUAGGGAUGGUUCCAAGGAAUCAAGUGAGUGUUGAGCAGGUGGAGAGUUAUAUGGAACAAGAAAAAGAUAAGAGGAGACAACUCCUUCACAAAUUCCUCCAAUCUUGCUCUCUUUCAAAGGUUAAGGUGGAUACCAUCCUAAUAGAGAGUGACUUUGUUGCAAAGGCCAUCCUCGACCUUAUUCCAAUUCUUCAAAUCAACAAUUUAAUCAUUGGAGCAAACAAAUCCCAUCUAAUUAGAAAAUCAAAAUCAAAGAAAGGAAGUGGCGGUGUGGGCGAUCAAGUACUAAAGAGUGCACCAGAAAGUUGCAAGGUUAGAAUUAUAUGUGAAGGGAAGGAAGUAAAUGAGCAAAUGAUGUUAUCCUCACCCUCUCCUCAGAUAUUUACUGCUACCAAUGAUGAUACUUUUGUCAACACUAAAGAAAAUGAUUCAGUUUUAUGUUGUUUCAAGCCCAAGUUUAAAUGAUGUGUUACUCAAUAGCAGUACUACAAAGGGAUAGUAACUCUGUAAUGGAUGGAUAUGGUUUGAAAUUCAAUAGUGGAUGUUGAAUUUUAGUUUUUGAAACCAGAAUGAUUGAAUACACUUUUCAUAUAUGUUGUAUUGGAUUUGAUAAUGUUUUUUUUUUAUUGUAAUAGUAACAAUAAAAUUAGGUCCAUUACUAUUUAUGAAAAUAAUAAGUGAAGUUUUUCACAUCAGUAUGCAGGCAGCAACUUUUAUCCUGAAUAAAAGCUAGACUUCAUAAUUCAA